ACAUGGCUUCCCUGCACAGUUGCGUGUCGGUACACCUUGCAUGUGCGCGCCAGCAGAGGUCAUCAUUUCAACUGUUGAUCCGUGCGUCUGACAGCCUGGCCGGGCCGCCUUUCCAGCGCCGAGCUCUCUUCCCAGCCUCGCAGUCAUAUGACAGAUCGCACUUCCUGCGCACCCGCCGCACGUCGCCCUACCGGCUCGCGCUCCGCGAGACCCACGAACUACGCUCGCUCCUGCGUCGCCCUCCAGCCGCUCAGUCUCACGGCCGCAAGAUGCUCGCCCUUUUAAACCGGCUUCUGGACUGGUUCAAGUCCCUCUUUUGGAAGGAGGAGAUGGAGCUGACUCUGGUGGGACUUCAGUACUCGGGGAAGACGACGUUCGUCAACGUUAUAGCCUCUGGACAGUUCAGCGAAGACAUGAUCCCAACAGUCGGUUUCAACAUGAGGAAGGUCACCAAGGGCAAUGUUACCAUUAAGAUUUGGGACAUAGGAGGGCAGCCAAGGUUCAGGAGUAUGUGGGAGCGAUACUGUCGAGGUGUCAACGCUAUAGUUUAUAUGGUGGACGCAGCAGACCGUGAGAAGGUGGAAGCAUCCAGGAAUGAGCUGCACAAUCUGUUAGACAAGCCGCAGUUACAAGGAAUCCCUGUGUUGGUGCUUGGCAACAAGAGGGAUCUUUCUAAUGCUCUGGAUGAAAAGCAGCUUAUUGAAAAAAUGAACUUGUCAGCUAUCCAGGACAGAGAGAUUUGCUGCUAUUCAAUUUCUUGCAAGGAAAAGGACAACAUAGAUAUCACACUGCAAUGGCUUAUACAACACUCAAAAUCCCGGAGGAGCUGAAAGUCCAAAAAUCGUCCCCGUUCCUUCCCCUGUGGUUUUGUCUGCCCCAUCAGCCUCACCCGUCAUCCUGCUCCUGCUGUGGAGACGUUCAGUAGUCCGGCCCCCUCAUGGCAGUGUUGUGCACCACCCAGUCUACCCACCAGCCACGCACCCCCCCCCCCCCCACCCCCACAUAUCACCACCAUUCACUCUGGUCUGCUGCCUUGCGCACUGCUAAAAAUGUAGUAGCCUUCAGUAUCAAAUCCAUAGCUUAAAGUGUCCUAGAGUUGUUACGACACAGUCAGUUGAGAAAACCAAAAACAUUCUGAGGUGGAGGGACCUAGCGGCCAAUCCCUGGCACGUCCUCUGGCUUCAUCAUGCCAAAUUGCAGGUCUUUUUUAUUUAUUUAAUUUAAAAAAGAUAAACUUUUUAGAAACCGACUUCUGCAGCAGGUAUCUGACGCGCUUGCUCUUUGUCACCCGGUUGAAGCAGUCUCUCACUGUAACACACUACCCUUCGGGUCACAAUGAAGGUUUCCCAGCCCAGCCCAGUUAACCCUGUGAAAUUGUAGCAGGAUUUAACAGAUAUGCUGCCGCUUCUCUUCUGUGUGUGGUGUCACAGUAUCAUUGAAACUGUUAAAUCAUUUUUCCGAUACAAAUGUGUUUUGCUUCAUGAAAUCCUUCAAAACAUAAUUUAAAGAAAGUGAUACAAUGAAAGCAUUAAAAAAUAUAGAAAAGCAGAGGAAAUCUGGCAUAUAAAAAUAUGUUCAUAGUUUCUAUGGGAGAAUGGAUUUGUAUGUAUGCAUAUUGUUCAUAGAAGAUGAAAUGCAUAUAUAUGCAGUAGAUAAAUACUGAUACGCAAACACACAUGUGCAUACUUCUGUCAGAAAGCUUGUGAAUGUAACGAACCUGACCUCGUUGGGUCUGAAAUUUGCCUGAGUGGAAUGAAGCUUGGAGUGCUGUUAGUUGACCAGAGAGGACAGCAGAAUUAGAAGCAGGACUAGAAGUGCCUUCUGCGAAAUCUCUAAAGCAGACAAAAGCAUUCCAGGUGUGUACACCUGGGCAACAAUUUGCCGAGUAUUAACACACACAAACAUAUAUACAUACAUUCAUUCAUAUUGUGUGUGUGUGUGUGUUAUGCAUAUAUAAAUUUAAGAGAUGGGCAUGCAUUUAAUUUUAUUACUGUACCUUAUUCAUUGCUGCAACACAUCUACAAUAUCUAUUUUAACAUAGCCUUCCUGUACUAAGACAGCUCUCGAGAAUUCUAUAAAUGCACUUUUGUAAAUAAACAAAAGAUGUGAUAAGUAAUUAAUAGAAGCACAGGUUAAUGGAAGUGUUUUCCUUGCGAGAAAGUAGGGGCAGAGGUUUCUAGUUUUCAUACCAAUGUACGCACAUUUUUUUUUUGUGUAGAUGAGCAUGUAAGUGGUCAUAAAAUUGAUAUAAGGUCUUUUUUUGGCUUUACCUAAUUCUUCACACAGUGCUUUUCAUUCUAAAAGUGUUUCUGCAGAUUUGGGAGUGUUUACAGGAUGUUGUGUGCUGUCUGGGUUUGUGUGUCUCUUCCCUGCCGCACGCCCCUUCCCACGCACACUCAUGCUGCGUAAUGUGAUGUGUGACCAUGAGGAGCACAGGGACUAGCACUGUACAGUGUAUGUUAUUCACUUUUGAAUGUCUCCCCCAAAGCCUUAAUGGUGAACAUGUGGCUCUCAUUAUAAAUUCAGGAUGCAUAUUGCCCCCCCUUCCCCAAUCCUCCUUUUUAAGAUAUAUUUCUUUUUAUCGCAAAUUCAUUUUUUGUACGUUUUUUUUUUUUUAACUAUGUAAUUUACAUUGAGUAUGCAGCAUUAGAGGUAUAUCAUAAAUGCAAAUUUAUUAGUCUCUUUCCUUGCAUGGAGUCUAAGGAAUAAUGCACAAUGCAGGAUAAAUGGAAUUUCUGAAUUUUACCAACAAUUAAAAUACAGACCACAUAAAAGCUACAAUUUGUAUUUGGAGAAAAUACAGAAUAUUACAGAAACUUCAAAUGAUAGGAUACCUUUACCAUGAGAACAAUUUUUUAAACUACGAUGUUUUACACUUUACACAUGUAAGAUGAAAUAUAUAUGGUAAAAUAACAAAUUAUAACACGAUGUAAAAGUUGGGCAUCGGUGCUAGAACAUUAAUCUUGAGUACGUUCUGAACGGUAAAAAAGGGCCAGUUAAUUAGUUCCAUAGGAUUUAAAGCUGCUGACCCUGGAUUAUGUGACAUAAUUACCUCUAACAGAUGAUUAAUUGUAAUGUAUAGAAAUGUUCCGUUUAUUGUGUUGCUCUGUAAUGUGCAUGCACAUUUUUCAGUGCAGAGCUAGCUUUGUAAAUAUCUCACCAUCUUGACCCUGAGCAGCUUGUUUUCAGCAGUGCCAAUCAAUGCCCCCAUCUUAAUGCCCAUUAGGGAUUUAUUAGCACAUUAUACAAGCGAGGUUGAUUUUAGAACUUAAAUUUUACCAAGUUUAUACCAAAAGAAAACGCAAAAGCCAAGCAAAACUGACCCAUGGUCACGGUCUGCAGAACAUCUACAGGGAAACACUAGUGCGCCUAGUUCCCCAGGUUGGCUUUCGCAUGGACGAUACCCAAUGGAGCAACAUGCACCCUGUUGUUACUGCCUUGUCUCUCGUGUCGCGUUCACGCCUUUUAUAAGUGUAGCUUUGGUGAUGCAUCCAGUCUCGCUGUUCGACUGCUGUGUAUAGUGUACUGCGGAGAGGAAUUCCUUCAUUUUUCAACUGUGCCUAAUCAGAUAAGGUACAUCCUCAUUCAUACACUUAACAUAUGGGCCGGGUCACUGGAAAAUAAGUCAUUUUUGUGGGAGAAGGCUGAUCUUUCUCUUCUGUUGACCACCUGAGUACCUCUUGGAAUGUAUCUGUAACUUUGUCCAUUCUUGCAGCAGAAAAGUCCUCCCAGCACUGCAUGUGGAAAAGGUGACAGAUUUGCAAAGAACUAGGCUGACUGAUUAAUUUAGGUGAAUUUUGUCUUGUGUUGCUUUUAAUUUCUCCCACCCCUGCUCCAUGGUCUGUCAAUAAAUUUACUUUUUUUGAGGCUUUUUCCUGUGA